AUGAGUGAACAGCAAGUGUUGAUUGCGCUGCGAUACGAGGGCAAUGCUUGUCGAUUGUCACCGAGACUGUAUUUCAUCUACCGGGAACGUGGAAAUGGCCUGGAGUCUAUUGGUAUGAAAGCCACUAUCUUCCCUGCUUCGGACGGAGGAAUGGAGGCGGUGGUGAGUUGGCAGUAG